UCAAUAACACCAAUUAUCGCUCGAGUGACCUGCAAUUUGACGAGGAUGGACAGCGCGUUAAUUUUGGCAUAGACAUUUUCGAACCGCAAGACAAUUGUGGCAUUGGUUUCUGGGAUACGAAGGGUCAAAUAACGCCGCAACAUGUAGAGGCAAGCAUCGCAAAGAAGCUGGUUUAUCGUGUAGCCACGCGUAUUGGGGAGCCGUACUUUAUGGAGAUACCCGAGAUGGUGGAGCAGAAUGUGACUGGCAAUGAACGGUACAUGGGUUAUGCAGUAGAUUUGAUUAAAGAAAUUGCAGAACUUAUGAAUUUUGAGUAUAUAUUUGUGCCUGUAGCAGAUAACCAAUAUGGCAAAUACAAUAAGGAAACAAAGCAAUGGAACGGCAUAAUUGGCGAGCUGAUCAAUAAUGAUGCACAUAUGGGCAUUUGUGACUUGACUAUUACACAGGCACGCCGUACCGUAGUGGACUUUACCGUGCCCUUCAUGCAGCUUGGCGUAAGUAUAUUAGCCUAUGCAGAUACACCCGAGCCAAAGGCUUUGCUGGCUUUUCUUGAGCCAUUGAAAGGAGAAGUAUGGAUGUACGUCAUGGUUGCGAUUUAUGUCAUAUCUUUCUUAUUUGUGUUUUCAGCAAG